GUGGGAAUAGUCAUUCACAGAUGCAAGACAUUGUAAACUAAGGUUAUUGUGUGAUGCAGAUGAACAACAAUUGCUUGAUAAAUUUCCUUUUCUGUCUAUGUGAGAGAUCUUUGACUGUUAGGACUGUCCACAGUGGAUUGUGAUGGCUUCAAGGUUUCAAAUAACCUAAAGGCCAAAGAGCCUGGUGUCUUACCGACUUGGAGAGUGUGUUAUGAGAACAACAGCAAAAUGCAACUGAUAGUGCCAAAGGCUGGUAGCAACUGGUUUUUAAGUGAGGGCAAGCACUUGACCUAAACAUGAAUGAGGUUUUCCUCUAGAGAAAAGGCCACAUAGUCAGCAACCUCCUGGGAAGGGAGUUCUGGGUUUGGGUUAAGCCAUAUAUUGUGAGUCUUCAGGCAUAUAGGAGAAAUUACUGCAGUUAGAGAAUAAUAGAGAAUUGACUUGAAUUGGGAAUUGUAUGAUCAACUAUUGUGUUGUUAGUUUUGAAGUUGUUAUUUGAAGGUACAGCACAAACUGGCAACUUGUUGAAAGAAUGUUCAUGUAGAUGUCUCAUUUUGAUGGUAUUGUUUCUAAUGCAGCCAUCAUCUAAAGUUCAUUCACCUUCUGUUACACCUUCACAAUCAAGAGAUUCAUGUCAUUUUAAAAGCAGCUGUGACAAGCCAAUGGGACCAAAGUGUGGAGCUUGUGGAGAAGUGGGACACAACAAAAAUUCAAAAAUGUGCUCUCAUUACUUCUCCCCAGAGGCUGUUCAAAGACGAGAGGAACAAUCAAGGAAGAGGAAAGCAAGGAAAGAGGAGGAAGAAAGAGACUUAACUGAUCGUCUGGGUGCAUUGGCUGCUCAAAGAUUGGUAAUGGAGGAACGAACUAGAACCAUAGGUGAACAACUAGAUGAGCUAAGAAGACAAUCUGAAAACCUGGCAAACACCCAAAAGAUGGUAGAGGAUGUAAUAAAACGGAAAAGAAAGCGGUAAAGGGAGUGGCAGCAACGAAGGCUAAAAUAAGUCAGCAUUCAACCAAUAUGAAAAGAAGUAUUUUAUUACUGUAUGAUGAGCACAGUACUGUUAUCUUCAUUGUUAUCAACUUAUAUGCGUUUGUUCACUUGUUCCAGUUUCUUUUGUUAGCAAUCAAAUUGUUAGUUGUUGGUAACUUCAAUAUUGCCAUGAACUGCACAGUGCCAAACUGUUGCAAAUUAAUAUGUCCUGUUUUCAAGGAAUUUGUAUCAAGUCUGUAUAUACACCAUUCAAUAAUAGUUGACUACUUACCAUCUUUAGAGAAUGUAGAUUUUUAAUGAAAUGAAAUGUUAUAAUUUUUACUACAGGAAAAAAAAACAUAAAACUAUUCUUGCAUGUUUCAUUACAUUUUGUAAGUUUUAUUUCAUAUGUAUAAUUUAAAAGGGGGAAAAUAUUUUAAGAUUAAUAAUACUUUCAUAUGUUUUAAAUGCCAAUAUGCAAGGAAAAGUAGUGUUGUUGUUAAAUGAAAACUAGUACAAUAGUGGGCAACUUCGUAUCAAAAUAUAUAUGCUACCCGGCUUCCUUUCUUGUCACUCUGGCUUGGCAUCCUUCAAUCUUACUGCAUUUCCUCACAAAACAAACAAAAACUCCAUUGUCAAAGGUUAAUGUGCAUAGUAAAGGGUAAAUUGCAUGGAGUAGUGAUGUAAGUGCCUCAAUAAAAGACUUGAAAGAAAGACAAAACAAGGUAACACAUAUACCUCAUGCAACUAGCUGUCUUUCAAGUCUUGUUUUUAUUGCUCUGUUCCUGUUCAUGUUCCAAUCAUAUAUAGCCUUUGUAUGUCUAGCUACAGCUGUAGUUGAUGAAAAAUUCAUGAAUAUUAUUUUAGCCUUGUAACCUGAUCAAUAAAAAUGCCAAAAAGA